UUCAACCUUUGGUUUACAACGGAGGCUUUUCACUCUUGAAGCCUCUCUUUCUAAUGGAGUUUUAAAAGGCACCUCGAGGAUUACCUGCUGGAUUUGUAUUCUUCUUUUCGAUGCGAGAUUUACGCAUUCAUCCUGUCGAAAAUGGAAAACGGAGCAAUGUAAAGAGAAAUGAUAUAUAUUGUGUAAUCUCGACAACUUUAUCAAUUCUCCAAUGCAUAGGAUAUAUGCAUUAACUCACUAAAUCACGGGACUUCUUUUAUCGACAUAACCAGAAAGGAAAACAGAAAUAAGCAUCUUGAAAUCCGCACUGGGUUGUGAGGUGAAAUCUAAUCAGAUUCAGGACGGCUGAUGACUAAGAAGUAAUAAGGACUUGAAGAAAAGUUACGUUUGAAAACGACAGUAAGCGGGACGUUAGAACAUCCCCCCCUCUGACCGUCCAUGAAUGGAUGAUGGUCUGUCAUCGAGUCAAAUGACGGGCUUUUCACGAUGUAUCUACCUGGAAAUUGACCACACAAGGUCCCUGCUCUACAUGUUAAAGGCAGGUUACUUUCUUCAUCAUUGCAUUUAGAUCUGAAAGGAAAAAAAAUAUAUAUAUAUAUCAAUACGUUGCAUUUACCUAACUCAUCAAUUGAAGAAAACCUGGGACCACAGUGGGCAUCGCUUCGCAUCGGGAGAGUAGUUUCAAGAAUGGCACUUGUGGGUGCCUUCGUGUUGUGUGCGUCCUGAGAAAAAAGAGGAAAUAUCGGAUGCAAUAUCAUCACUGUGAGAGUUAAUUACUCGUUCAUCCGGACUGAUGUGUGGAUUACAUGCCACGUCGUUUUGAGAGUAGGAACACAAUGUGUCUGACAAGAAAAUAUCAGCACGGAUUCUGCAAAAUCGCCUGAGAAUUGCGGAUGUUUUUUUCGAUGCAGUUUUUGGGGAGGGAACGGGAGAAGGACCGGUCUCAGUCUAAGCAGGGAUCCUGCAAACAUCGGCGUCUUGGUUAACAAGGACAGCUUUAAAGGUGGAUUGAAAGUUAACAUGAGGACGACCAGAACCCCUUGGAACAGUGAUUGAAUUGGCAGUGAGCCCCAAUCCUCAUUCCAAAGAGUGCAAGACCAGUCAAUGAAUUAUGAAUGUUAAACAAGAUGACCUCCUAUCAGCAGCAGCAGACGAUGCGAGGUCCUAGGUGGAACCGGGCCUUGUCCGACCCUUUGUUUGUGCUGCUUCUGGCCCUCCAGCUGCUGGUGGUGGCAGGGCUGGUACGUGCUCAGACGUGCCCCUCUGCCUGCUCCUGUAGUAACCAGUUCAGCAAAGUCAUCUGCACCCGACGAGGCCUGCGGGAAGUCCCUGAUGGCAUCUCUACCAACACACGCUACCUGAACCUGCAAGAAAAUCUUAUUCAGGUCAUAAAGGUGGACAGCUUUAAGCAUCUGAGACAUCUGGAGAUCCUGCAGCUGAGCAAAAACCACAUACGCAAAAUUGAGCUGGGGGCUUUCAAUGGACUGGCCAGCCUCAAUACCUUGGAGCUUUUUGAUAACCGCCUCACCACUAUCCCAAACGGGGCAUUUGAGUACCUGUCCAAACUAAAGGAGCUUUGGCUGAGGAAUAACCCCAUAGAGAGCAUUCCCUCUUAUGCUUUCAACAGAGUGCCCUCAUUGCGGAGGUUGGACCUUGGGGAGCUCAAGCGACUCUCAUAUAUAUCCGAGGGGGCCUUUGAAGGGCUGAGCAAUCUGAGAUACUUAAAUCUGGGAAUGUGCAAUCUGAAGGAAAUUCCCAACCUUAUUCCCCUGGUGAAGCUGGAUGAACUGGAGAUGUCGGGGAACCAGCUAACUGUCAUCCGACCUGGCUCUUUUAAAGGGCUCAUCCAUUUGCAGAAGCUGUGGAUGAUGCAUGCCCAGAUCCAGACCAUAGAAAGGAACUCUUUUGAUGACCUGCAGUCACUAGUGGAACUCAAUCUAGCCCAUAACAAUCUUACCCUUUUGCCCCAUGAUCUCUUCACCCCAUUACAUCACCUGGAGAGGGUGCACUUGCACCACAAUCCGUGGAAUUGUAACUGUGACAUCCUAUGGCUAAGCUGGUGGCUUAAGGAGAUGGUACCAGCAAACACAAGCUGCUGUGCCCGCUGCAGCUCUCCAUCCAACCAUAAGGGACGAUACAUUGGUGAGCUGGACCAGAACUACUUUCACUGUUACGCUCCAGUUAUUGUGGAGCCUCCCACAGACCUAAAUGUGACAGAGGGAAGUGCUGCAGAGUUGAAAUGCAGAGCUAGCUCCUUGACCUCGGUGAGCUGGAUUACACCCAACGGUUCCAUCAUGACACACGGUGCUUACAAGAUCAGAAUCUCAGUGCUGAAUGAUGGCACUCUGAACUUCACUAAUGUUACCAUGCAGGACACAGGCACAUACACAUGUAUGGUCAGUAAUUCUGCAGGUAACACAACAGCCUCUGCCACGCUCAAUGUGUCCUCUACAGAGAACAGCAGCUUCAGCUACUUCACCACAGUUACAGUGGAGACCAUAGAAACACCACAUUUUGAAGGCUUCACCACCGCUGUGCAACAGAAAGUGGGCCCUACACCUUCUGCUGGUACAUGGGAGUCUGUUUCACCCACCUCUACAACAACCACCACAGUCCGGACCCCACUGUCAACCCAUGCAACGGAGAAGACUUACACAAUCCCUGUCACGGAGCUGGGUGGGGAUGAUUCGCUGAACGGUUUGGAUGAGGUAAUGAAGACGACCAAGAUCAUCAUUGGUUGCUUUGUCGCAAUCACACUCAUGGCAGCGGUAAUGCUGAUCAUCUUCUACAAGAUGCGCAAACAGCACCACCAGCAGAACCACCACGCACCCACUCGCACCAUUGAGAUCAUUAAUGUGGACGAGGACUGUGUAACAGGAGGCCCAGGCAUGGAGGGCCACCUGACCCUGCCGCCUCUUGAGCACGAGCACCUCAACCAUUAUAACGCCUAUAAGACUGCAUACAACCAUGCUUCCACUAUCAACUCCAUACACAGCUCAGCGCACGAACCUUUGCUAAUCCGGGCAAGUUCAAAAGACAAUGUACAAGAGACCCAGAUCUAAUUUCUUUUUUUUUCUUUUUCAAAAGGAGACAUUAUAAACUUGGAAUAGCAUAAUGGCAGGACAUUACUGACUAUUGUUUGUGGAACUGUGGCUCAAACACGGAGGAAUAGACUUGUGUGUUUGGCAAAUCAGUGGCUAGUGAUGUUUGUUCAAUGACUUUGGGAAUAAGGGUAUGUCUACUGUUUCAAAAAGUGUCUUUACAAAACAGAAGUUAUUUAUUUAAGAAAAAACUAUUGUGGUUGAAUCAAGAAAAAACUGUAUUCUGCAAUUAUUUUUUCAUCACCCAAUUUUAGUUUUUUUUUGCCUUUCCUCUCAUUUCACAGAUUGGUUUACUAAUAUGCUUUUCAAACUCGGUUUGAUGACAUCUGUUGAAGAAAACCUCCUAAAGUAAAUUAUUGUUCUUAUUGGUAAACUGCUGCCUUUGGAUCAGAUGAGAUAGCAACCUCAUUUCCCCAUGUAUCAAAGGAAUCUAGAGCACAUUAGUGGUUUUCUCCUGCUGUGGAGUAAGUGAUGAAAUCUUUUGUGACCAUCUGUAAUUGAGAAGAAUCAAACACUUGCUCAUUUUUUAUAGUAAGUGACAGAACUCUCAGUGAUGAAA